AUGACAGGGCUCAACGUGAUCUGCGUGAUUGAUGCCCUGGACGAAUGCGACGCAAGUUGUCGUUUAGAGCUAGUAGGCGACCUACAGAGAUUAGUUUCUCGCAGUCCUACCAGAUACAAGAUCUUCAUAACCUGCCGGCCAAGUGACAGCAUAGUUCGCCUUUUGGGGCCUUUGAAUGAAUUCAACAGCAUUAAUCUAGACCAAGGUCUUGAAGAAAAGAAGGCUCUUCUUUUGAGCAGAGAGUUAUGCGGCGAUGAAUUCGCGGAUCUUCGGGACAGGCUUGGCAAAGAUAACGCGACGCCUCUGGUAAUCGGUUUGGUGUCAGCCUUGAGCCGGAUGAUGGACACGAAUGGAAUGUCAGACCUUUCCAACUAUGAUACCAUAUAUGAGCAUAUGCUGAAGCAGAUAGAUGCACCUGAUGCCUGGCUCCGAGAAGUGUUGCUUUGUGUCGCUUUCGCCAAGCGGCCUUUAACUGUCAACGAGUUGGCAGGUUCAAUGUGGAUAGCGCCCUCAAGUUCCAAUAUCUUGGGAAGUGGCCAACUUACGCUGCAGAAGAUGCUAAUUGCAGCUCCUAAGCAAUUGGAAAGGGAUCUGGAACUCGCCUGCAGCUCUCUGCUCCGUGUAGACAAUGGCGUUGUCGGAGUCCUACACGGCACACUGCGAGAUUUUAUUCGGAAGAGAUCAUGCACCCUUAUACGAAACGAGGCUCCACAGCACGAGCACAUCAAGACACAAUUUUGCAUGCUGCAAAAGUGUUUUCAUAUGCUUUCUAUCCCUGAGCUUUGGAAGAUGAAUGGUUUCUUCUCUAAAAGGCGCCCCUUUGAUACUCUGUGCGAUCCACCAAUGGUCUCACAACCUCAUAUGUUCGGACUCUACGCAGGAUUUUGUCUAGCUGUUCAUAUGAGAGAGGAUGCUGAAGAUGUUUGCGGAGAAGAUGAUAUGGCCGUGCCAGUCAUGAAAGACAACUCCGCUUUCUUCUUCGAUAACCAAGAUGCCAGACACUGGUGGAUCCGAACAUUUAUUACGCCAUCGGCUGCCACGCCUGAUACUACAGGAAAAGAUGUGGCGACUGUUGAAACCUCCAAUUUCCAGCUCUCUGCAUCGAUAGGUGCCUGGAAUAUGGUAAAAUUAAUGAUGCCAAAAGUUGGUGAUGACGAAGAGAAGAUUGAGCUCGCUCUCUGGGAUGCUUUGCAACAGAGGCACACAAGGGCUACCAGAUUGCUUCUUCUUAGAGCAGGGAGCUUCAAUAAGAACAUAUGGCUUGAAUCCCUCAAAAGAUGCUGCAGAUAUGGCUACGCAGACGUGAUGAACCUUGUUCUUUCAUGUUGGCCCGAAAGUUCCGAGCUUAAGCUUUCGUUGGAGGAUGUACAAAGCUGUCUUGAUACAAUCGCUGAGUACGGCCAGUGGCAUGUCAUUUCACGGCUGCAGGAAGCAUUUUCAGGCUUGUUUGGUUCUAUAAAGAGGGAAACAUUGGCGGUUUUGAUUGAAAAGGCUGCCAAGCACGGCUGGGACGGCGUCAUCUAUGAGCUGCUGUUGAUAGAUUUACGCAAGCGGAAAUCUGAUACUCAAACGGUGUUUGACAAUUCGAACAGCGAAGAUGGAGGAGAAAGAAAUGUGGAUCAAGAUGAGAGCCAGAAUAGGAAUGAUGGAGCUGCAGCUGGAGCUGGAGAUGGAAACGAAGAUUGGCUGAGCGAUGCGGUUAUCCAGGCCGCAAAGUUUGGAGGCAGAACCGAAGCACUGGAGCAACUACUGGAUCAAGGAGCGGACAUUGAAUCUGAAGACGGUCAAGAUGCUACACCACUGCUGCUGUCCUGUCUCACCGGCCGUGAGAGGUCUGUCCAGAUUUUAUUAGACCAAGGCGCUGAUCCAGACCAUGUUGCGUUCAGAUCAGCACAAUACCGCGCUCUUCAUAUUGCAGCUCGCGAUGGUAACGGGCCCAUUAUUCGAAUGCUACUGGGCGCUGGAGCUUCAGUAAAUGCUAAAAUAGCCGCUCCUGACGGUGAUACUCCUCUGCACCUUGCGAUAUCCAAUUACGCAGGCGAUAGCCAGUUCCUAGAGGCAGCCAGAAUCCUUCUCGAGUUUGGCGCCGACGUCAACGUCAAGAAUGGCCACCAUAGAUCCCCGCUGCAAAUAGCCAUUGACCUAACAAAGCGUGAAGAUAUGAUACAGCUUCUUCUGGAUGUUGGUGGUAAGAUUGACAAGGUGGACGAAAGUGAAGAGUCUGCUUUGGACUAUUCGAAUCUCCUUUCAGCGUAUUGGUGGGCUAUCGAUAACAACAGGCCUAGGAUAGUGCGAUCGUUGGUCAAGAAGAAUCCACGUCUGCUCAGCGAAAUAUCCGAAAAUGGCUCUAAUGGAUUGGAGACAUACGACCCAGAUUUAUGGACAAUUUUGAAGCCUUUUUCAAAGGCAAUUGAACAUGCGACUGACGAGGAUGAUUGGAAUAUACAUCACUUCCUUCAUCAAGCUAAACCCCGAAGGGAUUAUUCAGAGUAUGAAAGAACAAGCUUGCAGGCAACCCUGCUCCCGACAACUCUUUGCUGGCCGGCAAUAUGGGAAGAAUGGAAUAAGGCUGAAAAGCCGCGCUUUGAAGCUGAUGGCCUCGAGGUUGUUUUCCAAGGCAAAGGAGAAGAAUCACCGCCUACAGUCGACGAGAGAGCCAUCACUGUUCGGGCCGACCAUCCCUUUCCUCCCCGCGAGCUGGGUUUGUCAUAUUCAUACUUUGAACUAACAAUUCUAGAAUAUGUUGCACAAGAAGAUUCUAAUAGCCUAGAAUGCGCGAUUGGCUUGACUGGAGAGUUCACCAAUCAAGUUCACGCUUUACCAGGGUGGAAUGUAUGGUCAGUUGGCUAUCAUAGCGACAAUGGUGGGAUUUAUGAGCAAGGCCCCCGUCCCAUUGCUACGGUCGAGCCAUAUGGUGUAGGCCAGACUGUUGGCUGCGGUAUCGACUAUGAGAGCGGUCAAUAUUUCUUUACAUGCGAUGGAGCGGUUUUCGGGGAUCAAGCACUCUAA